AUAAUUGAAUGAUCCCAACACCUAUAGAUUCGAAAAUAAUAAAACAAGAUUUUUAUUUAUGUUGAAACAAAAUGAAACAAGAAACAAGAAACAUGUUGUUUCCAAGAUUUCGAAACGAGAACAUCUCAAAGAAAAAUGAGAAACAAGAAAUGCAAGCAAUUUUCAGAUACUUAGAUUCUUUAAUAAAAAUUGGAAACUAGAAACAAAAAAUGGAAAGAUUACCAAACUCGCCGAACAACUUAGUUCCAUGUCCUCAAGACUCGGAAACCACUUCAUCAUGUUGCCUUUCUUCUAAUGUACUAUUUCCUUUGAGUUCCAGUAGAACCAUACCAAACAUGUGUGGCAACUUGAGAAAUCAAAUGGGAAUGAGUUGAGUCACUGAUCUUUCUUUAUACAAAUACCCAAAGAACCAGCCGACAGCAAAGGCAUGACUUCACCUCAUUUUCUUCUUCUUCAUGUCCAAGAGAACAAAACUAUAUUGUAUAUGGUGCAGGCCAUUCACACAGCUAAGCCAUGACGCCACUUCCUCUUAUCCUCCAAAUCAACAACAAAACAAUUGUUAUAUAAUUAACCAGCUCCAUGGGACCUUCACGCUUCCCAGCUCCGAUCUGUAUUAAAUGAAGAAAUUUGAGCUUGUUUUCAUACCAGGGCCUGGGAUGGGCCAUCUCGCAUCCACAGUUGAGAUGGCCAACAUUCUUGUUAGUCGAGAUGAUCGACUCUCCGUAACGGUGCUCGCCAUCAAGAUUCCAUACGAUGCAAAAACGGCUGAAUAUAUCCACUCACUUUCAAUGUCUUUUGAUGGUAAAUCUAUACGCUUUAUUGUUCUCCCCGAACUGCCACUUCCAGAAGAAAUUAGAAAGCGGCUUUUGCUGAAAGCAAUUCUUGAAAACUACAAGCCCCAUGUGAAAGAAGCUGUGACCAAGAUCUCUCAAGCAGGUGCUGCCUCGCCCCGACUUACCGGAUUUGUCAUAGACAUGUUCUGCACCACCAUGAUAGAUGUGGCUAAAGAAUUUGGGGUUCCUUGUUAUUUGUUUUACACGUCCAGUGCUAGCUCUCUUGCUAUCAGGUUUCAUCUCCAAGAGCUUCACCAACAAAAUAAUAACAUAGCGGAACAGUUAAAGAACUCAGAUGUUGAGUUAGUUCUGCCAAGUUUUGUCAACCCAAUUCCAAGUAAAGUCAUCCCUGGUAUCUUCUUUGAUAAAGAUGCUGCCGUUUGGUUUCAUGAUAAUGCAAAGAGAUUCAGAUCGGAAGUCAAAGGUAUUUUGAUCAAUACAUUUGUGGACAUGGAAUCACAUGUGAUGAAGUGGAUGUCAAGUGGCUCCUCCUCGCAAAUCCCGCAGUUGUAUUUCGUCGGACCAGUUUUGCACUCAAAAGAUACUGGGGCAACUGGAUCCAAUGGGACUCUUGGCUUACUAAAAUGGCUUGAUGAUCAGCCUCCAGCAUCAGUGGUGUUCCUGUGCUUUGGGAGCAAGGGAAGCUUCGACGAGGAUCAGGUGAAGGAGAUCGCACAAGCGCUGGAGCGAAGUGGGGUUCGCUUCUUGUGGUCCCUUCGGCGGCCUCCACCAAAGGGUAAGUUGGAAGCUCCGAGCGACUAUGGCGACAACAUCAAAGAUGUCUUUCCAGAGGGAUUUCUUGAGCGAACAAUGGGUAUCGGAAAGGUCAUUGGGUGGGCACCGCAAGUGGAGAUCUUGGCACAUCCAGCGACUGGAGGAUUCAUAUCGCAUUGUGGUUGGAACUCGACACUGGAAAGCGUGUGGCAUGGCGUGCCAAUGGCAACAUGGCCGAUGUACGCAGAGCAACAAUUCAACGCCUUUGAAAUGGUCGUGGAAUUGGGCUUGGCAGUGGAGAUCACGUUAGAUUAUCGAAAGGAUUUCCAUGCGGAAAGGUCAAGAGUGUUGAGUGCAGAAGAGAUAGAAAGUGGGAUAGAAAAGUUGAUGGACCACAGCGACGAGAUUAGGAAGAGGGUCAAAACAAAAAGCGAAGAAAGUCGGAAAAGUGUGAUGGAGGGUGGAUCUUCCUUCAUCUCAUUGAGCCAAUUCAUUGAUGAUGUUAUAGCCAACACAUCAUAAGGAAAAGACUAAACAGCAUAGCUUCAUGCGUUCUAGCUGAUCCACUUCUACAACAAAAGCCAUUUCAUCUCAUUGUGUCAUGGAUUAUUGAGAUUGAAGUGGAUUCUUCUAAUGUAUUCAUAGAAAGUCAAUGAUAGACUUUGUGCAGUCUAAUUCAAAGUUUUCCUUGGAAAUUAAGCAUAACAGCUUACUUAAUUUGUGUAAA